GCUCAAUACCAGACAGCCAAGUGGAGGACUGGCCCAGGUUUACCUACAGAGGCAUGCAUGUGGACACAGCCAGAAACUUUAUUCCGAAGACAACUAUUCUGAAACUGUUAAAAGUGAUGUCCCUGUACAAGCUGAAUAAGCUUCACUUUCAUCUUUCUGAUGACGAGGGAUGGAGGCUGGAGAUACCAGGUCUUGAGGAGCUCACCAAGAUUGGAGGACGGCGAUGCCAUGACCUGGAAGAGCGGGAGUGUGUAAUGUCUACAUUAGGUUCUGGUGCUGAUGACCAAAGCAGUGGGAGUGGAUUCUACACAGUCAAAGAAGUAAGAUGUUUGUUGUUUUGUUGUUGUUGUGAUUAUCUACUAGAUGAUCCAGCUGACACUUCGUACUAUUUUUCUGUCCAGUACUAUACAGAUAAUGCAGUUAACCCUUGCAUUGAGAGCACCUAUAGGUUUAUUUCUGAAGUGUACAAGCAAGUCUCAGAGAUUCAUAGAGCAAUUCAACCAUUGAAAGUCUAUCAUUUUGGUGGAGAUGAAGUUGCAACAGGUGCCUGGGUUAACUCUACUGCCUGUGCCAGUCUUUUAAGGUCAGGGGUCAGCCUCAAGAGUGUGUUCACCCAACGGGUUGCAACAAUGACCAAAAAUGUGUCUCUGGCAGCAUGGGAGGAUGGUUUGAUGGAUCAUGAUUCAACACCUUGGGAAAGAUCUCUGCUGGCUAAUAAGGAUGUCAUAGUUCAAUCUUGGCAGAAUGUCUGGGAGUGGGGAGUGGCCUCAAGAGCAUACAAUCUGGCAAAUGCAGGCUACAAG